UCAAUCAAAACAUGUUAGUGCUGAACCAGAAGCAUCUUCUUACUAUUUUAUUUUCGGUGGCAGCCGUUUCAAGUUUUCCACAACGCGAAAAAUUUAACUACGAUGAAUUUUACAACCAACUGUGCUCCAAGGUGAUCGUUGGAAUUUUGGCCCAUCCGGAAAGCUGCUUCCAGUACAUCAAGUGUGAUCAUUCGAAUGCCGAGGUGGUGACUUGUCCUGAGGAUUACAUUUUCUCCACGGACCAGAUUGAAUGUGUGCCCGGAAAUCAGGAGCGUUGCCUGGAACCGGAACCAGAACCCGUUGAGCCGAGUUGCGAAAACGGAUACCAGGGACGGUUAGCUUGUCCGGGACAUUGCGAUAAGUAUUACAGCUGCUCUGGGGGAACAGCCCGGCUCGAAUCUUGUCUGGAGGGCUACGUUUACGUCCACAAGUUCCAGCUGUGUUUGCCGGGAUACGCCGAAGAGGAUUUGUGUAAGCUCUAUAAUGCUGAUUAGAAGUUUAAGUUAGGUACGAUUAAGUUAAGCCACCCUCGCUAGAUGUAAGCUUUCUGUACGAAUCAAUGCACUCAAAUAAACGCCUG